AUGAUGUCCAUGAUGAUGCACAUGCCUAGGUCAGGCCCAAUUGACUACGCCUCCAUGUCUAACAAAGUGCCAGACUUCCCCACGGACGCACAUCUCACCGAAAACAAGGAGGAGCGCGAGUUUGGGUCUCUCACCUCGAAGGAAUGGCUUUGUGUAUCGAAGCACACUCCUGGUCGGCCGUUGCCAAAACCUGUUGUUGAUGAGCCUCCAUACUACAUCCUCAUCGCAACCUAUCUGAGUUUCCUGAUUCUGAUCAUCAUUGGCCAUAUCAAAGACUUUUUUGGUCGCAUUUUCAUGCCCAAGCAAUUCGAGCCUCUCAUGGAGAAGAAUGGGUAUGCUCCGUGGUAUUCGAGAUUGGAGAGUUUCUACACUCGUCGCAUGAAGGUUAGACUGGACGAUUGUUUUGCUCGCAAGACCCACGGGGCACCUGGCAGAUACGUCACCUGUUACAACAGAUUUUCACCUGAUUACAACCAUUCGUUUUAUUAUGAUGGCACCACGACAGAUUGUUUGAAUCUGAGCUCUUACAAUUAUUUAGGCUUUGGCCAAUCUUCUGGAAUUUGCACGGAUAACGCCGUGGAGGCUCUGGAACAACGCGGUGUUUCUGCCUGUGGGCCCAGACUCGUGAUUGGAACUUCUGAUUUACACCUCAAAUGUGAGAAAGUGGUUGCUGAAUUUGUGGGGAAGGAGGAUGCAAUGGUGUUUGCAAUGGGCUAUGGUACUAACGCGUUUCUAUUCUCUUCUCUGGUGAAUUCUAAAUGUCUCGUGAUCUCCGACUCUUUGAAUCAUGCAUCCACCAGAUUUGGUGUCAGACUUUCGGGUGCUGCUGUUAAAAUCUUUCCUCACAAUGAUAUCAAAAAACUCGAGAAAAUAUUGAAAGAUGCGAUAGCACAGGGCCAACCCAAAACCCAUAGGCCAUGGAAGAAAAUUUUAGUUGCCGUCGAGGGUCUCUUUUCCAUGGAGGGUGAUCUUUGCAAUCUACCCGAGCUGGUGGAAUUGCGUGAUAAGUACAAGUUCUACUUGUUUGUGGAUGAAGCCCACUCCAUCGGUGCUUUGGGACCCCACGGUAAAGGUGUAUGCGACUAUUUCGACGUGGACCCUUCACGAGUGGAUCUGUUGAUGGGGACCUUUACCAAAUCCUUUGGCGCCACUGGUGGUUAUGUUGCUGCCAACAAAGACAUUAUACAGUAUUUAAGGAAGGAUAUACUGACGAACGCGUAUGGAGAGACGCCAGCACCAGCUGUUUUGGAACAGAUCAUCACUUCCUUGGGAAUUAUUAAUGGGGAUCUCAACGGAAACGAAGGCCAGGAGCGUUUGCAAAGAAUCGCAUUUAACUCCAGGUAUCUCAGACUAGGAUUGAAAAGACUCGGUUUCAUUGUAUAUGGAGCUGAUGAUUCCCCGGUCAUCCCCUUGUUGCUGUAUCUUCCAGCUAAAAUGCCCGCCAUCAGCAGAAUGAUGUAUGAAAGAAACAUCGCCAUAGUGGUUACCUGCUAUCCAGCAACCGAUCUUCUUACUGCGAGAGUGAGAUUCUGCUUAUCUUCAUCUUUGAUGAAAGAGGACAUUGAUUAUAUCUUGAAGGCAUGCGACGAUAUUAGUAAGAUAUUGCAGAUCAAGUACAGCAGUGGAAUGGCUGGUGGAGAGAGAAAUCCUGGUGACUAUAAGAAGGGUAUCAAGCCCAGAUGGUCUAUUGAGGAGGUUCUCGAAAAAACCCCUUACGAUUGUAAGGGGGAGAUGAUUUAG